UGCGUGCCUUCUCAGUUCAGUCUUCUUCUAUCGCCCAUCUCCAUACGAAACCAAGCACUUAAUUCGUCAGCUAAAGUUCAUUAAUUUCACCGUCCAACUAUUUUACGAUUCAAUUUCAUGACAUUAUUUAAUUAAUUGAUAUUAAAAAUAAUAAUGUUAUAUAAAUAGGCAUUGAUCGAGAGAAGCAGAAGGUACAUUCGGUCGUGAUAGAACUGGAGUAGAAUAUACUGCUCUUUCUCGUUGAGUUUGGGGUGUAAUCGGAGAGAGUGAAAAAAAAUGGCGGCCGGUCAGUUCAAGGCGGAGACUUUGUUUGAGUUGAUGAAUAAGCACUUCGAAACGGACGAGGGUAAAGAGCUCUGCAAGAAAGUUAAUCUCGUUUACCAGAUCAAUCUCGCUCCCAAGAAAAUUGGGUUCAAUGAGGUCUGUUAUACUAUUGAUCUGAAGAAUGGCAAGGUCAUCAAAGGAGCAUUGGAAGGAGAAAAGCCUGAUGCUGCAUUAUCCUUCGUAGAAGAUGAUUUUGUCAAAAUUGCACAAGGAAAGAUGAAUCCCCAGAUUGCUUUCAUGAGAGGAAAAUUGAAGGUUAAGGGCAGUAUGAGCGCAGCACAGAAAUUUACACCUGACAUUUUCCCUAAGCUCCCAGUUUCAAAGAUGUGAGCAGAGCUAUUUUGGGCUUUAUUUAUCUGUAUUUGAUUUGUAUUGAAUUGAAAUAGUUACAGCAAUUUGAAUAUUGAGGGGGCCUUGAACUAGGAAAGGAGAAAUGGGUUAAAAGUGUCUGAAUUGAGAUAACCAAGCAUCAAUAACAUAGGACACCACUUCAAAAAUGCAAUUACCCACGGUCUUGGACUUGGAAUAUAAAGUUAGGCAAAACUUUCUUCAA